AUGCCAUUCAACUGGGCAAUUUUUCCACACCCAGUGACUACAAUCAAGGGAUCCAACCUUCCUGGGAAACCCACUAAGGGCAUUUUCCUCAAGCAGUUGUUGUGUCUCCACAGCGUCUGGGCGGCUCAAAAACUCAUCGGCAUAGAGCUCAUCAAUAGCAGCACAAAACAUCUCGAGUGCAUUGAGGACGGGAAGUCGCGACGGAAAUACUCUUCGUCACUGCCAUCGUCGUCGGACGACGACCAUAUCGAGUACAUGGGGAUGCUUCGGCUCGACACGGAAAAGACUGACGGGUGGGAAAACCACGACUUAUUUAUGUGA